AUGUCGCUGCUGAAGGUCCAGACCAGUAAUGUGACCAACAAGACAGACCCAAAGUCCAUCAACUCCCGGGUGUUUAUCGGUAACCUGAACACGGCGGUGGUGAAGAAGUCGGAUGUGGAGAGUAUCUUCUCUAAGUAUGGUCGGGUGCUGGGCUGCUCCGUGCACAAGGGCUACGCCUUUGUCCAGUACGCCAGUGAGAGGCACGCCAGGGGGGCGGUGAUCGGAGAGAAUGGCAGGGUGCUGGCUGGACAGACACUGGACAUCAACAUGGCAGGAGAACCGAAGCCAAACAGACCCAAAGGCCUGAAGCGAUCUGCAGCUUCUCUCUACAGCGGCUAUGAGUUCGACUAUGAUUACUACAGAGAAGACUUCUAUGACAGGUUGUUUGAGUACCAUGGCAGGGUAUCUCCGGUUCCUCGGGUGGUGCCAGUCAAACGUCCGCGAGUGGCGGUGCCGCUGUUACGACGGGUCAAAUCUCUGCCAGUCAAACUGUUGGCACGUAAUGCCUCCGUCCUCCCCACCAGCAACGGCAACAAACAGAGAU